AUGCCUGAUAUUUCAGUCGACGUUCUGGUCAUAGGUGCUGGCCCAACUGGCUUGGGUGCUGCCAAAAGACUCAACCAGAUCAAUGGCCCAUCAUGGAUGAUUGUUGACUCCAACGAGACCCCUGGCGGCCUGGCCUCUACAGAUGUGACUAAGGAGGGAUUUCUCUAUGAUGUCGGUGGUCAUGUCAUCUUUUCCCACUACAAAUACUUUGACGACUGCAUUGACGAGGCGCUGCCGAACGAAGACGAUUGGUACACCCAUCAGAGGAUAUCCUACGUUCGGUGCAAAGGCCUAUGGGUGCCAUAUCCAUUCCAGAAUAAUAUCUCGAUGCUGCCCAAGGAAGAUCAGGUGGUAUGCAUGGAUGGGCUGAUUGACGCCGCCAUGGCAGCAAGAGUCGCAAACACAAAGCCUCAGAACUUUGACGAAUGGAUUCUUCGCAAUACUGGGGUUGGCAUUGCAGACAUUUUCAUGAGACCCUACAACUUCAAAGUCUGGGCUGUUCCCACCACGAAGAUGCAGUGCCAAUGGCUGGGGGAACGUGUGGCAGCUCCUGAUCUCAAAGCCGUCACCAAGAACGUCAUUCUCCAGAAAACUGCAGGGAACUGGGGCCCCAAUGCUACCUUCCGAUUCCCCGCGCGAGAUGGCACUGGUGGCAUAUGGAUUGCCGUGGCCAAGACUCUCCCGGAAGAGAAGAAGCGCUUUGGAAAGAAAGGCACUGUCAAGAAGGUCAACGCCGACAAGAAACAGGUUCUCCUGGCAGAUGGCACCACUAUCCAUUACGAAAGACUCAUCAGUACCAUGGCCAUUGACUUCUUGGCCGAGGUCAUGGAGGAUGAGAAAAUGAUCAGCUUGUCCAAGGGCUUGUUCUAUAGCAGUACCCAUGUCAUCGGCGUGGGCAUUCGAGGUUCGCGUCCCGAACGUAUUGGCGACAAGUGCUGGCUCUAUUUCCCUGAGGACAACUGUCCCUUCUACCGGGCGACCAUUUUUUCCAAUUACUCACCAUACAAUCAGCCACAAAAGCAUGUCAAGCUGCCCACGUUACAACUUGCCAACGGAUCCCGGCGCCAGAGCAUGCAGGCUAAGGAAGGUCCGUACUGGUCGAUCAUGCUGGAGGUGUCCGAAUCCAGUAUGAAACCCGUCGACCAGGAGACUCUCCUCAAGGACUGCAUUCAAGGCUUGGUCAAUACCGAGAUGUUGAAGCCCGACGACGAAGUUGUCUCGACCUACCAUCGCCGUUUCGAUCAUGGCUACCCAACCCCGACGCUGGAGCGAGAAGGGGUGCUCAAACAGAUGCUACCGGCUCUUCAAGAGAAAGGCAUCUACAGCCGCGGCCGCUUUGGGUCCUGGAGAUACGAAGUGGGCAACCAAGACCAUUCGUUUAUGUUGGGCGUCGAAGCUGUAGACAACAUCAUCAACGGAGCAGUCGAGCUGACACUCAACUACCCCGACUUCGUCAAUGGGCGGCAGAACACAGAACGAAGGCUGGUGGAGGGGGCUGCGUUGUUUGGCAAGAAGAAAGCAGAGAAUGGCAAUGUUGUGGUUGGCCGUCGCAUGACCGGCGGCAAGACGGAGCUGGGUGGGCGCAUGGAGACGAGUGGAAAAGAGGCAUUGAAUGCCAGCGGCGGGACCGCGACAGCCAUGAAGGACGGCAACUCGAGAGUUCUGAAUCGCAGUUGGUGA